UUUUAGUUCAUGAUCCUUUUGUGAUGAGCUACCUAGGAUCCAAGAUUUUGGAGCUUUUACAAAGGCCAGUCAAGUUCAAUUCAUUUCAACAAUUAUGCCACCAGCUCAAUGUAUCAAAAAAACUCCCUAUAUUUCAAAAAUCAUCCCCAGUAUUCCAGAACCAAAGAGGCAUUAGAAAGAUACGAAUGUCAAUACCCAGAGAACUAUCUUACAAUAAGACCUUAUAUGCUGCAUUUCUGAGAAAGUUAUACCCCUUGGAACAACACACUGUUCAUAAAGACCUUUAUGCUGCUUACUGCGCACUACCAUCUCCACAACCAUUGCAUAUUGAACCACAACACUUUGAGCAUUUAUUAUGCCAGUUUGUUGAUUCGGGUGGUUUCCAUAGAGGUAUUAAUACUAAUUAUUUGGCAAAUAUAAUGACUGAUAUGUUUCAAUGUGGAAUGAAGGCUUCAUUAAGAGAGGUUAAUAACUAUUUAUAUUUGAAGAAUUAUAAUAAUAAUGAAGCUUUACCAUUAGUUGAACGUGAUUAUGAAUAUGUUUUGAAAGUAUCAGAGUUUCAUAUUAGCACAGCCAAUAUCUUUUUGAAGUUUGCAAUACAAACUAGGAACGUUGAAUUCAUAUCUCGAAUUUUGAAUGAUAUUGCUGAAAGGAAUCUAAAAUUUGAUAGAAUGACUUAUCAAAUGUUGAUAAGUUAUUCAUGUGAUAUUGGUGACACUGAAAGAUCUAACGCAUUAUUUGGAAAUUAUUUGGAUAUUGGGCAUGUUUUGGAUAUAUCCAUAGUCAAUACGAUUAUCAAGUCGUUAGUGUCUAAUGGUGAGCUUUCUAAAGCUAAUGAAAUUGUUGAGCUAUUGUUCAAAAAUGCUAAACAACUUGGCUCAAGGCAAGAUAAUUCCAAUGCUACACAUUCAAGAAGACAAAAUGUUCAAGAGCUGAAUUUUAUUGACUCACUGAAAUUACAGAGACAGGAUUCUUUACUUUUUGUGCCAACUCCUACUUUCAAUUCAUUUUCACCAUUGUUAUACAAUUAUUGUUCAUUCAGACAUUUUGAUGCAUUGACAAUAUUCAAAUAUUUGGAGGAGAUGAAUGAUUUGAACAUUGAAAUACCCAACAGCAUGUACAUACACAUCUUCAAAUCAUUUCAGGAACAAGAUGUCAAAGAUCUUGAUUAUUUGAAAUUCACAUUAAACUUUUUGAUCAAUGAAAAGAAUGUAAAGUAUAACGAUGAAUUAUUUGAAUCAAUACUUGAAUCAUUUUUGAAGCACUCUGGCUAUCAGAAUAAACUUGUUAAUGGUAUUGAAAAUCAAUGGUCACAAUUGAAAAUGAAUUUGAUUAAAGGUGGUUCUUUCAAGAAAGGACGGAGCCAAGUUGAAGAAUUUAGCAUAGAUGCUAUCAACAAAUUGAUGGUGUUUUACUAAGUAACCUUUUAUUUAUUAUUUAUUAUUUAUUAUUUAUUAUUUAUUAUCUAUUUAUCGUUAUUUAUUUCCUAUUUAUUUAUUUCAUUCAGAGAUCCAACUAUUUAUAUCAUUUAUAGCUAUGUAUUUCAGCCCAAAAUAGACAAAUUCCAGAAAGGUUGUGGUUACGCACCCCUGCUCUUUUUCAAAAUCAG